AGCAAUUGGUGUGCACUAUCAAAAGCAACAACUCAAAUGUUGAAUACUUGCAACAUUUGAGAAGUAUCGUUGGUGAGCUCGCCCUUAUUGGAUAUCCUAUUGCUGAAGAUGACAAAAUAGUCUAUGUUUUAAAUGGCCUUGGCACAAAAUAAAAAGAAUUGGUUGCUGGAUUAAGUGCUUCUGAAUCUCAGAUCUCAUUUGAAGAGCUUCGUGACAAACUCACUGAGCACGAACAGUAUCAACUGAACAAUAAUGCCCUAGACCAUCAAUUCAACAAAAAACGAAUGUGAUUUCCUCCUCCAAUGUGUCAAAUUUGUGAAAUUUGGUCACACAACCAAAAUUUGUCGGUCUUGUUACAAUUAGUACAAACCUACUCAAGCCAACCGCAUACAUAACCAACUCUCCUCUCAAAACUGGUUGGUAGACUCUGGAGCCUCUUAUCACAUCAUCUCUAAUCUUGAAAACUUGCCAAUUCACUCCUCGUAUGAUGGCCUAGAUGAUAUCUUGCAUGGAUAUGACACAAAUUUAUCAAUAUCACUUAUUAGUUCUACUAGUCUUCUCACUCCUCUACUUCAUUCGCUUUAAAUAACGUAGUGUGUGACCAUUUAUGGCAAAAAUUUACUGUGUCUCUCUAUUCUGUAAAAAAUUCAUGCAUCUAUUGGGUUUUUUUCCAUCUUACUUGGUUGAAAGUGACCAAAAUCCUGGUUAAAUGAGAUUCGUAAAAUUUUUAUGCCAAAUAAUAUUACUUUAUAAGAUCAACUGUCUUUGUAAACAAAUAGCAUCUACAUUUCCAUUGUAAUUAUGAAUGAGAAAUGUAUGCUUUAGUUCAUAUAGAAAACGAGACUCAGAAUUUAAACAUCUUCUCAACCCUCCAACCACUAGCUAUAAACUCUUUUGCUAAUUCUUUCUACUGGGAAAGUGUUAUUUAUACAAGGCCUAUAAGAAUGGAGAUCCCACAUCGACUUCAUCAAUUUCUUCUUUAUAAAGACUUAAACGUGAAAGAGGGUUGGAGGGCGAAAUCUGAAAUGCUGCAGCUAUUCAUACUUGUUUCAAAUAUUAAAUUAUAGGGACAGGAUCUCAGUGAGUAGUCCUGCAAGAGCUAUAAAUGCUCCACCAAACUGUAAGAGGUUCAAUGUAUUGAUCCCCCAGAAAUGGCUGCUCGUCAUUUACUUUGCUUGUUUGUUUUCAAUACCCUUCUACUCUGUUUCAUAUCUUCUCAUCACUUAGCAGAUGCUGCUGCUAUAUAUACAUCUCAGAAAGUUACUCUUUCUUUGUAUUAUGAGAGUCUGUGCCUAGAUUGUGCCAGUUUCAUAGUGAAUAAACUAGUGGACCUUUUCAAUACUGAUCUUUACACCAUUGCCAACCUCAAGAUGGUUCCCUGGGGCAACGCUCAAAUCCAAGAAACUAACAACACCAUCACUUGCCAGCAUGGAGAAAAUGAAUGCUACCUCAAUACUAUACAUGCUUGUGCCAUCGAUGCCUGGCCUGUGAGGAAACAUUUCAAAUUUAUCCAUUGCCUUGAAACUCAAGCCACUGAGAUUGAAGACACUGAAGUAGUGUGGAGAAAUUGUUCUGAUGAUUUGGGGCUGAGUCAGGAUCCCAUUGAUGAUUGCUAUGACAGUGGAAGAGGGAAACAGCUUAUACUGGAGUAUGCUGAUGAAACAGAUGCACUGCGACCACCACAUAGAUUUGUACCAUGGGUGGUCGUAAAUGGUCGUGCACUUGAAGGCGAUUAUGAAAAUUAUGAAGCCUACGUCUGCAGAGCAUACAAAGGUGAUAAUGUACCAGACGCCUGCAGUUCAUACUCACUGAUGUCAACUGAGAAGAAAACAUCAAACAAAUCAGGCUGCUAUGUGGAUGCAAGGGAAGUUUCAAAGACGGAACCGCCAGCAUAAUUUAUAUGAUUCUACUUGUUCUACAUCACCUUUUGCUCGGUCUACCAUGGCUGAUCUAGUGAAAAGAGUAUUGGGUAUAAUACCAUAUUCUUCUGGAUAAUAAUGUACAAUUAUGUAUCAUCAUGAAGCGAUCGGUGAUGCAAUAAUGGCUACUGCUUUCUGUGAAGAUCUGAAAUUUGUAUGUUCUUGUUGUAUUAUUAGUUCUUUGAAAUGUGAAGGCCCGAUAGAGCUCUCACUA